CGGAGCGCGCGGCGCGGCGUGACCUUGAGGGCAGCGGAUGCGGGGCCGAGCGGGAGCUGCCCCGCACGGCCGCGCGCGGAUUAAGGUGGCGGCCGGGGGAAGCGGCCGUGCGAGCCCCGCGCUGCCGCACCCCGGGAGGAAGGCGGGGAUGGAGCGCGGCGCGGCGCAUCGCGGAGGGUGGGAGCGCGCAGCGGCCGGAGCGCCCCGCGCGGUGCGAGUAACCUUUGGAUGGGCACCACGUGAGGCCCGGAGCGGCGGUGGCGGAGCGGCCGCGGGUCCGGGAGGAGCGCUCCUCCGAGUGCCGCUGUGGAGCCGCGCCGGGGCGCUGGGCAGCGGCGGGCGGGAGCGGGCCGCGACGCUCAGCCCCCGGGUGGCGGAUGGUACCGCGCGGAGCCGCCGCGAUCCGCAGUCAGAGCGAGUCGCUGCCGGCGUUGGACGGGCAUUUUUCCCUUUCAUUUUUAUAAUUGAAUGGAAAGGGAAGGGAGGGAUGAUGCGCAGCAGCAAGUCUUCGGGGGCUUUUUUUUUCCUUCGCAUUUUUCUUAACGCAGGAAAUAUCUGUUCUGUGCGGCGUUGGUAGCUGUGUAAAUGGACGCGAUGAGCUUUCCAUCUCGCGGUCGGGCAGACUGCUGGCGGUGCGCUGUGCCUCGCUACCCGGCUCGCUCAGGAAGCGUUCCCGGCGCGGGUGUGCAUCGUAGCGCUGGGGGGAGGGGGGACGCGCCUGGGGAAAUGCAGGGCACGUCCCUGCCGGCAGCGGGUCCCGGCCGAGCUCUCCUGGCAUCGUUGGCCACUGACAGCCAUUUACCUGGCGGGGGGGGGGGAAGGGCUGCAGCGUGUCUAUAGAAAGCCCCACCACGUCCAAAGGUGCUGUAUCCUUAAUGCCCGAGGGUCCUGAGGAGUUGGGGUCCAGGUGAUGUUUUUAGGUGGUUAAGAAGACGUUUGCUCGGUAAGCCUAGUGGCCCUCGGCUCGUGGCACGGUUUGUGACAAGGUGGGAGCUCUGCCUGCGGCCGUUGUGAUUUAUUUCCCUUUCCGUAUGUUGGACCUUAUCAAGGAUUUGUUCCGAACACCACAAAUAAGGAAUUCUCACAGAAGUAAAUUCGUGUAUCUUUAAACUGUGGACUCUGUUGGCAGGAAUGGCUUCCAAUGUACUAGAACUGCAAUACUUAUGGCAUAAUGAAUGGAAACUCUCCUAGUGUCAGUGGAAAAAGUGGUCACUGAAUUCAGUCAGGGAAAAAUUCAUGCGCUUAAAUGUAAAAUUUCUGGUCUGGAAGGGCGUUGUUGGGUUGUUCCAUUUGUCGCUGUUCUGUUUAUUCUGAUCUCCCACCCAGGUGGGGUGGUUUGAAGAGAACAAGGAUCCUGUGUUCCUACAGGCACGUGCAGGCUUUCUCAGUCGGUCCUGCUGUCUUGGUGCUGAAUGCAGGGCUACUACUUCGAUUCAUUCAAAAAAGAGUGCUGCCUAUGAUGCGGGGCAUUAGAAAGGCACAAGGGGAAGGUAAUUGUGUUGGCGUUGUGGCUGCACUCUGUACGCAUGCAUGCAGUGACUCAGUACUGCAUAUUAAGCAGACAUUGUGCUUGGGAAUUUCAAGCACACAGGAGACAGUGUCGCUUUAGCAUGGGUUCAGAUGCGGGUCUUGGUUUCUUACCAUGUCGCGUUGCAUACAGAUAAUGGCAUAACUAGAGGGUCCCCACUUGCACCGCACACAGCAAAUAACCUGUGACAGAUUCUGCCCAUUCAAACACUCCACUGUCUAAUGCUGGAAUCUCAUCUAGAGAAUGGCCCUUUCCUGCACCGCAGUACAGAGGACUUCAGUCAGCUGUUAAUGUUGAGACACUCUCAACCAAGCUGUAGGAGCUGAAUAGGAAGCUGAGGGGCUGGUAAAUACCUUGUAGCUCACCAUCAUAAUGGUCUGUAAUUAUUGUUAUUAUUCUUUUAACUGAGUUUAUUCAGAGAAGAAGAAGAGUAUGACAAACUGGAAGAAACAGUCAUGAGAUGAAGACGUUGAGGCAAAAUAAAUACACUUGUGCUUGGAAGGCUUGAUUUUUGCCAGUGUUUAAGAUCUUGGAGCUGGGAACUCACUAUUAACUGACAAGUUCAAAAUGGGCUUGGCACAGCAAUCAAUGACGUGCUGGAGCAAGCAAGUCUGCCUUGACAGGAGGGUGGACAAGAUAACCUAAAGUAUCUUCUAACUCAAAUUUCUUCCAUUAAGGUAGACUAAAUAUUAAUGGCACUGAGCAUUCUUUAACACUGAAAUGUGACCUCAAGGAUGCCUUUUUGUUGUUUGAACUGUUCAUUUUAAUAUACGUUCUCCUCAAUUUUUGAAGGAAAAAUAAUGUUAGUGCAGGAAGGAUGCGUUUCUUCCUCAAAGUCACCUUUCGGUCUGCAAAAUUUUAUCUAAUGCAGAUUAAUGAAUGGCAGUGAUUAGCCCAGAGCAUAUCAAUGUAGGUUUUAUUUUAGAGAAAGAAGGAACACAGCCUGAAUCUGUAGAAGAUUAUUUUUGUACAGAAGUACCUGCUUAUCUUCUACCAAAAGGAUCAGUGCAAUUAUAUUCAUAUAUUCCUAAGUAUUCCCAAUGUUUCUUAAAAUGAAUAAUAAGGGGGAAAAAAAGAAAAAAAAAAAAAACCCAAACAUGUUAAAAGCUGCUGUUCAGGAGAUACAGAUCUUUUUGUGGAGUAUUUUAAUUAAAAACUAGAUAAAAUCUACGGACUGCAGUGUUGUGCCCAAAAAUCCAACAUGAGCUUUUCUUACCAUCUUGCUAUAGUGCAUACAACAGUCUCACCUGGGUUUAUUUUCUGAUACUCAACCUGUUGCAAUUAUUAUUGAGGGUACCAUUUUUGUUUCUCCUUACAACAUCAACUGAUUGAAGAACAAGGAGGGCAGUGGACGUAAGGAGUGCUGUUGCCUGUGGUUUUUUGUUUUUUUAAAAAAAAGUGAAACUGUGAUGGCUUACAUACAGGAAGGUUAUUUCUAACAUGUGCUAAUUAAUAAUUGGUAAUUAAUUGAAAAUGGCUUGUCUCUAGGUUUGGAUUUCUUCACGUAUACAUAACUAAUUUUAUUACUAUUUUUUCCCCUAAUUUUGGCUUCAAGUAGCAAAUAAGAUCAUGCUCACUAAUUGCACUGUGAUGUGAUAAAUAAUAAGGAUCUAAGUUCAUGAUACCCCCACCCAACAUUUGUAUCCAUUUGUAAACGUGCUUUGCACAUACCCUGUUUCAGAGAUGCUUACGGAAGAUGGAAACAAGAACCAUUAGUAUAGAUGGGAGGAAGUUCUGGGACCUACCGUGUACAAAGAAAUCAGUUGGCAAAAAAUGAGGCAGACUUACUGUGGUACAGUUGCACGUUUUCACGCUGAAUGUAGUCUCAGCACAAGUAUGCAGUAUUGUCCAGUUUGUAUUUUAUUUCUAAGCCAUCAAGCUUUCAAAUACAGUUUAAAAAAUGAGUUUCUAGUUUUCAUGACAGGUUUCAUUUAAUAUGUACAGUAAAUUUGAGAGAUCUGCCUGUUGAAGCUAUUCAUAUUCCAGUAAACAUUAUGAAAGUGAUUUCUGCUGCCACUUAUAAAUCUUAUUCUAAAUGACAGAUGACAGCAGGAGGUGUUAUUAGUUUAAUUCUGGUGAAUUGCAAAGUAGGCAUGAAGCUUUCUCGGUUGGUAUUUCGAAGGUCUGGUGGGAGAAGAAAUGUAAAGAAAAUGUAGGAGGUGUUUAAAAAAAAAAAAAAAAGAAAGAAAGAAAAAGAAAAAAGCCAGAAAUAGCUUUUAAAAAUAAAGCCAAAUUAUUUUUCUCCAGUAAUAGAUGAGAUGCAAAACUAUGUUACAAGGCGAAUAACAUCUGCCCUGUCUUUAGGGAGUAAAUGGAUCGAGGAAGAAGAUAUACUCUCCUGUUAGUGCUGUUGCCAACCAUAGUGUGCAGUUGAGGAUGGCGUAAAUAACCCUUGAGGAUGACAGGACUGAUCAGCUUUGCUGGCCAGUUUUGCCAUUUAAAGCAUGAUUGGUGUGUCUCAGCGCAAGGGUAAUGUUGGUUUGUUACUGGAUUUUUUUUUUUAAUGCAGUUUUGAAGGAGAAACCCAAGGAAGUUCCAGCAUGACAUGACCUUCAACUUACGGUUAAUUUCUGUGUUCUACACGUCGCAGUCUUUCAGUAUUGCUUACAAGCUGGAUGCCAUCUUCAUUCCCGGUGCAGUUCUUUUACUGCUUUCACAUGAGGUAUUUCUUCUUCCACAGCUGAUUGUGCCUGUCAUUUGGCUUGGGGAACACAGCUCGCCAUGGGACGACCUCAAAGAUAUCUCUCCAAAAUGGGUCUCUUACUUGGGUGAUGUGUCUGCUGCCUUGACUGUCUUCAUACCCAGAGGAUUUAUUUUCCUUUUGGAAAUAUUUUAAGUUGAAGUUUUGUUCCUUACUGGAAAUUAUCGAAGUUAAAGACUACGUUCAAGAUGGGUGAUAUGGCAAACAACUCGGUUGCAUAUAGUGGUGUAAAAAAUGCUGUCAAAGAAGCUAAUCAUGGAGAAUUUGGAGUCACUCUUGCAGAGCUCCGUUCUCUUAUGGAACUUCGAGCUACAGAUGCACUGCAUAAAAUACAGGAAUGCUAUGGAGAUGUGCAGGGCAUCUGUACAAAAUUGAAAACUUCACCAAAUGAAGGUUUAAGUGGAAAUCCAGCAGAUAUAGAAAGGAGAGAAGCAGUUUUUGGGAAGAACUUUAUACCUCCUAAAAAGCCAAAAACAUUUCUUCAGUUAGUAUGGGAAGCACUACAGGAUGUUACACUAAUUAUAUUAGAAAUUGCAGCCGUAGUGUCCUUGGGCCUUUCUUUUUACCAGCCUCCUGGAGGAAAUGAAGCAUUAUGUGGAUCAGUAAAUGUUGGUGAAGAGGAGGAGGAAUCUGAAGCAGGUUGGAUUGAAGGAGCAGCAAUCCUCCUUUCUGUAGUUUGUGUGGUAUUAGUAACAGCUUUCAAUGACUGGAGUAAAGAGAAACAAUUUCGAGGACUGCAGAGCCGUAUUGAACAAGAACAGAAAUUCACAGUCAUCAGAGGUGGCCAAGUCAUCCAAAUACCAGUAGCUGACAUAAUUGUUGGAGAUAUUGCACAAGUAAAAUAUGGUGACCUUUUACCAGCUGAUGGCAUACUUAUUCAAGGAAAUGACCUCAAAAUUGAUGAAAGCUCACUAACUGGAGAGUCUGACCAUGUUAAGAAGUCUUUGGACAGAGAUCCUAUGCUGCUUUCAGGUACUCAUGUGAUGGAAGGCUCUGGAAGGAUGGUAGUUACUGCUGUAGGUGUGAACUCUCAGACUGGAAUCAUCUUUACCUUGCUUGGGGCUGGAGGAGAUGAAGAGGAGAAGGAAAAAGAGAAGAAGGACAAGAAAAGCAAAAAGCAAGAUGGAGCUGUUGAGAACCGCAACAAAGCUAAAGCUCAAGAUGGUGCAGCUAUGGAAAUGCAGCCACUGAAGAGUGAGGAUGGUGUGGAUGGAGAUGAAAAAGACAAGAAGAGAUCAAAUUUGCCAAAGAAAGAAAAAUCUGUUCUCCAAGGCAAACUUACAAAGCUUGCAGUUCAGAUUGGCAAAGCAGGUUUGUUGAUGUCUGCAAUCACAGUCAUUAUCCUUGUGUUGUAUUUUGUAAUCGAUACCUUCUGGGUUCAGAAGCGACCUUGGCUUGCUGAAUGUACACCAAUUUAUAUUCAGUACUUUGUGAAGUUCUUCAUUAUUGGAGUUACAGUCUUGGUGGUGGCAGUACCAGAAGGUCUUCCGCUUGCAGUCACCAUAUCAUUGGCUUAUUCUGUUAAGAAAAUGAUGAGAGACAAUAACUUGGUGAGACAUCUGGAUGCAUGUGAAACAAUGGGUAAUGCAACAGCUAUUUGCUCAGAUAAAACGGGAACAUUGACUAUGAACAGGAUGACAGUGGUCCAAGCUUACAUCAGUGAAAAGCAUUACAAAAAAAUUCCAGCACCAGAAGCUAUUCCAGAGAAUAUCAUGGCUUACCUUGUCACAGGAAUUUCUGUUAAUUGUGCUUAUACUUCCAAAAUACUGCCUCCUGAGAAAGAAGGUGGUCUACCACGUCAUGUUGGAAACAAAACUGAAUGUGCCUUGCUGGGUUUUCUUUUGGAUUUAAAACGUGAUUAUCAGGAUGUACGGAAUGAGAUACCAGAAGAGAAGUUGCACAAAGUGUACACCUUCAACUCUGUCAGAAAAUCUAUGAGUACUGUGUUAAAAAACUCUGAUGGCAGUUUCCGAAUAUUCAGUAAAGGUGCCUCUGAGAUAGUUCUUAAAAAGUGCUUCAAAAUACUGAGUGCUGAUGGAGAACCAAAGGUAUUCAGACCUAGGGACCGUGACGAUAUUGUAAAAACUGUAAUUGAGCCAAUGGCUUCUGAAGGGCUUAGAACCAUUUGUUUGGCAUUUAGAGACUUUCCAGCAGGGGAACCAGAGCCAGAAUGGGACAAUGAAAAUGACAUUGUUACUGGUCUGACGUGCAUUGCUGUUGUUGGGAUUGAAGAUCCUGUGAGACCUGAGGUACCCGAUGCAAUAAAAAAAUGUCAGCGUGCAGGCAUCACUGUACGUAUGGUCACUGGUGAUAACAUUAAUACUGCUCGUGCUAUUGCAUUAAAAUGUGGUAUUCUGAAUCCUGGUGAAGACUUUCUGUGUUUGGAGGGCAAAGAUUUUAAUAGGAGAAUACGCAAUGAAAAAGGAGAGAUAGAGCAAGAGCGAAUAGAUAAAAUUUGGCCAAAGCUACGUGUUCUUGCAAGAUCAUCUCCUACUGACAAACACACUCUAGUAAAAGGUAUAAUUGACAGCACUAUCUUUGAUCAGAGGCAAGUUGUAGCAGUAACUGGUGAUGGUACCAAUGAUGGUCCUGCACUGAAGAAAGCAGAUGUUGGAUUUGCUAUGGGAAUUGCUGGAACAGAUGUAGCUAAAGAAGCUUCUGAUAUUAUCCUUACGGAUGACAACUUCACGAGUAUUGUUAAAGCAGUUAUGUGGGGACGAAACGUAUAUGACAGCAUUUCAAAGUUUCUUCAGUUCCAGCUCACAGUCAAUGUAGUGGCAGUAAUUGUCGCUUUUACAGGAGCAUGCAUAACACAGGAUUCUCCGCUUAAAGCUGUGCAGAUGCUGUGGGUAAAUCUGAUAAUGGACACAUUAGCUUCUCUUGCCUUGGCGACAGAACCACCCACUGAAGCUCUUCUAUUGCGGAAGCCUUAUGGUAGAAACAAACCUUUGAUUUCUCGUACAAUGAUGAAGAAUAUUUUGGGUCAUGCAUUCUACCAACUCGUAGUGGUCUUUACACUCCUGUUUGCUGGUGAGAAAAUUUUUGAUAUUGAUAGUGGAAGAAACGCACCUCUGCAUGCCCCUCCUUCAGAGCAUUAUACUAUUGUCUUUAAUACAUUUGUAAUGAUGCAACUUUUUAAUGAAAUUAAUGCCCGGAAAAUUCACGGUGAAAGAAACGUUUUUGAAGGAAUCUUUAACAACGCUAUCUUCUGUACUAUUGUUCUGGGAACAUUUGUUGUGCAGAUAAUUAUCGUGCAGUUUGGUGGAAAACCGUUCAGUUGCUCAAAACUCUCAAUUGAACAGUGGCUGUGGUCUGUUUUCCUGGGCAUGGGAACACUACUCUGGGGCCAGUUGAUUUCAACAAUUCCAACUAGCCGCUUGAAAUUCCUUAAGGAAGCUGGUCAUGGCACACAAAAGGAAGAGAUUCCUGAAGAAGAGCUAGCAGAAGAUGUGGAGGAGAUUGAUCACGCUGAGCGAGAAUUACGUCGUGGUCAGAUCUUGUGGUUUAGGGGCCUAAACAGAAUACAAACUCAGAUGGAUGUAGUGAAUGCUUUCCAGAGUGGAAGUACCAUUCAGGGGGCUCUAAGGCGGCAACCCUCCAUCGCCAGCCAGCACCAUGAUAUACGAGUGGUGAAUGCAUUUCGUAGUUCUUUGUAUGAGGGGCUAGAGAAACCUGAGACACGAAGUUCAAUUCACAAUUUUAUGACGCAUCCUGAGUUUAGAAUAGAAGACUCCGAGCCUCAUAUUCCCCUUAUUGACGAUACUGAUGCUGAAGAUGACGCUCCAACAAAACGCAACUCUACUCCCCCACCCUCUCCCAAUAAAAAUAACAAUGCGGUUGACAGUGGAAUUCACCUUACAACAGACAUGAACAAGUCUGCUACCUCUUCAUCCCCAGGGAGCCCGCUACAUAGUUUGGAAACAUCACUCUGAUUGUAAGCUGAAUGUUAACACACUAGCUGCAUUGUAAAGAAAUUGAAACUGGGUCUCUUCACACUUUAUGAUGGACAAGAUGAGAUUCUUGUCUUGGACUUCAACAGAAGACACACUUGUACGAAUGUAGAUUUAUUUUUUUAAAAAAAAGCUUUCUGCCAGACUGGAGGGUGCUUUUCUGGGGGUGGGAGUAAUAAUGAACUCUGACAGAUGAACAGUAACUCGGCAUAAGUGACCUGUGGAUCAUCUGUUGUACUUAAGAAUGGUCCUGAACAGUGUGUUAGCAGAGCUUUAGUUUAUCAUGAUCCUUUUUUUGAGGGGAAGGCUGGGAAGGGCAAGGAGGCCCUGGAUCAUUGAAUUGAUACUUUAAUUUCUGCUGUUGGCUGUUAAUAAUUUGGAUUAUUUAUGUUUAUAAAUGAUACAGAUCUGUUUACAAGGUUUGUAGAUACUUUUUUGUUCCUGUUCAUAGAUGGGAAGCUUCCUUAUAAAUGAUGCAGAGAAAAAUAUUAAAAAAAAAAAAAAAACAAAAAAAACUAGUCCUUCAAAUACUGCUGUAUUUUCAGGAAAAGGGUGUUUCUAUUGAAACUGUACUAAAUUUUGCCUGCAAUUUACCUUGUUAAAUAUUGUAGAUAAAUUGCUGAUACUAAUAGCCAAAUAGAUAACACUAAUGCUUUGUAAAAACAUGAGCAGUGGUGUUCUAAUGAAGUUAUGGCCUCUGUCCUGAUUAGUUUCUUAAAUACAUUUACUACUUAAUGGUUUUGAAACAACUGUUUAAUUUUUAAAAAUUUUGAGAAACUUACUGAAUAACUUUUGUUCAGAACUUAGUAGGAUUGUUUAAUGCAGGACAUCAAUAUGUGAUGGAACUUGCUUGAAAUAUUUCUGUUAUCUCGGGCAAAAUGGAUUAAAUCAAAAUACAUCAGAAUCUUAGUCCUUUGUUUUUGUCUAAACAUGUUAGUUUAGUGCUGUCUUGGUGAACUGUGAGUGGAACUGUGAUUUUUUUCUAAUCUAUGAAAUCCUUCAUGCAGCAUGAGGGCUGUUGGCAUUUUGAAAGGUUGUUAGUGGGUAGCAUACAUGUUCUCCUUUUUGUUUUUGAAACUUGUUUGUAAACAUGAAUAAACCUGCCCUUUUGUUAAAAUAAAA